AUGGGUGCUAAAGCCGGCACUGGCCUCAAGUUCCUUCAAUGGUUCAUCCGAGGCAUCCAAUUCGCCUGCGCGGCUCUCAUCCUCGCCAUCUACUCCUACUUCCUAGCAACUCUUCAUAAUCACCACCUCUCGAUCAGCAACAAAAUCCGUGCUGUAGAGGGUAUCUCAGGAAUCGCCGUUCUCUACACGGCUGCCGCUCUGCUCUUCCUCUGCUGUCUAGCCGGUCGCACACUCUCGUCUUUGCUGGCAAUUGUUCUGGAUGUCGCCUUUAUCGGUGCUUUCAUCUACGUUGCUGUCGCUAACAAGGGUGGUGCCAGCAGCUGCACUGGAUACCUAGACACCCCCUUUGGACGUGGCCAGGCCAGUAACACCGCCGAGGGAAGUGAUGGCUUCACUGCGCUGCCUAGCUACCGUACCGCCUGCAAGCUCCAGUCUGCUUGUCUAGCCGUCUCCAUUGUCGCUAUUAUCUUCUUCAUCUUGUCUAUUCUUGUCGAAGUUGCACUUGCCCGCCACCAUCGCAAGGAGAAGCGCUUUGGUCCUGGUCCCGCUAACGACUACACCUCUGGAUACGGCGCCAAGGGUGGCUUUUUCAGCCGCAUCUUCCGCCGCCGCAAGAACACUACUGCUGCAAAUGACGAUGCUCUGCCCGAGCAUGCUCACCCUGACCAGCUCGACACCUACCGUCAGAGCCAUGCUACCGACCGCACAGCUGUCAACAACUUUCCUGACAACAGCAACACCUACAACAAGUACGACAAUAACGGCGUCGGCUACCAGGACCCAAACCACGGACGCCAGGACGGCUAUGGCCAAGUUCACUACCCCGAGCCCCAGUAUGGUGUCACUCAACCACCUGUCCGUCAGGCUGAGAACCCAAACUAUCGCUACGAUGAUGGUGUCUACGAUCGCGCCUAA